UAGACUCGUCUGAAUUAUUGCCGUCUCCUUGCAGACACAUCACACGCUGUGCUAAUCACUGACCAUCACAGCGCAGCUUCAUUCAAACUGUAGACGCCACCUUCAGCGCCCUCGUUCAUCACCCCACCUCAGCGCGGUUCAUGGCUGUUGUCGUACCCUGUAAAAAUGGCAAGGAUACAUCAUGCACGUCCGCUACAACAGCAGGGCACUAGUCGCGCUAUGGCGAUUGAAAAGAACCGUGCCGCUGUGAAGACGAAGAAGCCGUAUAAGAUUGUACUCGAGGCCGUCACGCAAGAGAAGAAGAAGUUGCACUCCAUCCUCACCUAUGCUGCAAAUGCCCCCAAAGGCUUCGGCUUCGUUCCGGCUGGACACCCAGAAAUCACGGAGUGGUGCAAGGAACAGUGUCGCCAACGGAACCUUGACGUGCACGUCGUCUCGGCCAAGCCAAAGAACAAGACCCACGCAGACCCCGAGAAGCUGUCGCACCACGUCCACCGUAUAGGGCAUCACUUUCCUCUCGAAAUCAUACAGCUCGCUUGUAGCAAGUUCGGCUACGAAUACAGCGAAGAGGGCGGUCUCCGCAAGACUACAGCUGCUGAUCGAGAGAACUGGAUACAACAACAAGUGGAAAGCUAUUCAACAAGACAGGCACUUCAUGGUCGCCCAACCGCUGAGGAAGGCAGUAAAGAUCACAUCAGCGGUGCUGUCCGUGAGAUGUUCCCCAAGAUUCCGGAAGCGGAUCUGUCGUCGAUCGUGAACCAUGCUUUCGAAGAGGGAACAAACCGCGUAGGCAACGCCAAAGAGCUUCCUCUGGCUCGUCGAGUCCAACUCGCUGUUGUUGCUCACAUUCGUCACACGUACACAGACUACGACAAGAUGCUCAAGACCGGCUCUUGGAUGGAAGCCCGCCAAAAGGUUGAGCACGUCUCUCUAGCCAAGCUCAAAGAGUGGCGGGACGAGACUGGCGAACAGAGCAACGAGAUUGAAGAUACUUUUCGCGAGGUCAUUGUACUCGAUGAUGAAGAUGAGACAAGCGAUGGUGACACGCCCGAUGAACGAGAACAGAGCAUGGAGAUUGUGUCCAAUCGCGUGAUCGCCCAGGACAUUCAGCUUGAGAGACAUCCCCAUUACCCGAUCGCCAGCGAUCACGAGCGGAGGCGAGGCCACGGACGGACAAUUUUCGUACACCCAUACCCUCCGCCACCCAUGGCCCGUAGGCCUCAGUAUCCCGCAACAGUGACACGGACAGGUCGUGCGUACGACGAUUCAGCCAGGCCUGAGCCAUUUUACGCUGCUCAUAGCAGACCACCGAUCGACCAGUGAGUACAUUCGCUCGGUGACUGACAGACUAUGCUUACGUCGACAGGCAAUCGAGACCAAACGUGAUCCAGCCCAAGUCGAGACCACCGCCUACCUAUAUGCGUGGUGCCGACGGGCGACUCUUCGAAGUGAGUUUCAGCAUAUCGUUCUGCUAAAGCUCGACAAUAAACGUAUCUUUGCACUUUAAAGCGUGCGCUAACCAUCGUAGCUCAUACCGGU